UGCAGAGGAGCUGUCCUUGGUACUAAGACCUGGAAACAGUGUGAGCAAGUGCAUGUGAGGGGGAGAAAGGAGGAGGGUGGAGGCGUGUUCUUUGUGUUGUGCAGCGACUUAAUCUGCUGUGGCAUCCACUCAGAGAGGAGCCGUACAUCCGAGAACCAGCACUGCUGUAGGGUACCCAGCACAGCCCCCUGCUUAAGUGUGUACUUCAAAAAAACAAGGAUUCACUUCAAAAGGUCUUAUCCUGAUCCUGCGUGAUUCAUCUUGGAAGACUUAAGGAGCUUUUUGUUUUGUGCUGUAGUAAGACUUUUAAAAGUACAUGUGGAUGUUUUUCUCAGGUUGUUUCCAAAAUGUUGUUGUGCUCUAGCAGGUGUAGUAUUUACAGAUGAAUAGGCGAGCAUCUUUUAGAUUAGAGUUACGUGUGUAUCCAGGGGGCUGAAGGUUCUUUAGCUACUGUCACGGCUACAUUCUCGCUGCCUCCUCCUUUUAUGCACCUGAAGCCUGGAAAUUUGAGUGAACCAGAGCUUGACUUUGAAAUGGCUUGAAUCUUUCCUGUUGGACCGGAGUUGGAAAAUCAGGAUUUUAGUCCGAGGUGCCUUUGGGAGUCUAAUGGAGCUACCUGAACUGGGUGACAUCGUAGCCUGCAGGGACCUAGUUCCUCUAAUGCCCUGUUGGAAUAUCUGUAAGCAAUGAUUCGCUCAAAAGAGGAGGAUUCACUAACAAUUCUGCAGUAUGUUGAAGAUUGUGGACUAAGAGCAUAUAACAGAUUGGUCUCACAGAACAUCAGCCACAUGUGGAAUGAGAAAAACUGGAUUAACUUUCAGGAAAACAUCGACAAGAAGCAACAACUGGAAGAAGCCAUUAAAAGGGGGGAAGAGGUGAUCACCAAGGGUAAGCACCUGCGAAUGGGUUCCAUGAGCAUGCCGGCUCCUGCGGAACACAUGUCCCCUAACAAGCACCAGCCCCCCUGUAACCCAGGUUUCGCUGUUCGCUCUCAGUCCCUGCACUCUGUGGAAGGAGGGGAAGAGGAGGGCAGCCCUACAUCCCGUAAGCAGCCCCCACCCAAACCCCGGCGGGACCCCAGCACCAAGCUUAGCAUCUCUUCUGAAGCUGUGGACCUCAGUCCCAUCGGGUGUAAAGGCGAAGACUCAGAGAAGUGUGACGGAACACAAGGCUGCAGUGAGGACUGCAGGAAAGUUCCCCCACCAAAGCCUAAGAGGAAUCCCAGCACACAGCUGAGCACUUCCUUUGACGAGUCUUACAUCCGCAGUCAUGGUUCAAAAGGUUCUUCCACCAUGCUCUUCUCAAGUGAUGGCCAGGCUCCUUCUCCUCCUCAGCCACAGGGCUCGCAGGAUUCAGACUUAGAUGAACCUGUUUACAUUGAGAUGUCUGGGAAUGUGGGACGAGAACCGACCCUUCAUCCUGAAGAAGAUGAGCCAGGUGAGGCUGUCUAUGAAGAGAUGAAGUACCCUGCACUUGAUGAGUUUGACUUGCGUUGGGAUCUUUCUAUCUGUCGCUCACAGUGUGCCACACCCUGCACACCUGAGCUUGAUAUCCAAGUCCCCCUAAACCGUUGUACCACCCCUCGAGGCACACCAGUUUGUGACAUCCCUGCCCCAUUCCCCAACCUGUUGACCCAUAGGCCACCUUUACUGGUCUUCCCUCCAGCCCCUGCUCAGUGCUCACCCAACUCAGAUGAGUCCCCACUCACCCCUCUCGAUGUAGCAAAGCUUCCUAUGUUAGAGAAUGGUUCUUAUGGCAAGUCACCGACCUCAUCUUCUCUGGAACCCUCUGGCUCUGCAUCUACGCCACACCUAAGACGUACUGAAAGGGAGCUAACGGCCACUCCUACAAUAACAGUAUCUGGGCGAUCGUCGGCACCACCACUGCCCUGUGCCCUCUAUAAAAGUUCCUCCUCUUCACACAGUUAUCAGCGCAGCCAUUCAGCCUGCCCCUCACCUGUGAGUAUGGGCCGCUGCCUGACGCCCCUCAGCCUCAUGCGAUCACCACCUUUUGAUGGGCCAUUUUCUACAGCAGGCCUUCCUCGCAGUGCCUCUGCCACACCUCAUGGAAAGGGAUCACCACCACAGGAUGCAUGCUCAGGGGGACGGCAUCAUGGCUCAAUGCAGAACGUCUCAGUGGCACGCUCACGGACGCCCACUAGCCCUCUGGAUGAGCUCACAAACCUCUUCAACACUGGCAGGAACAUGCUGAAAAAGAAUACCAGUGGCAGAAAGAGCAAGGAGCCAGGAGAAAUUGAAACCAAAGGAAAAGGGCACAGUUCUGAGUCCAGACGGGAGCACAAGGAGAGGAGCCAUCACAGCAAAGAAUCCAAGCGGGAAAAAGACCGCAGCAGCAAUGGAAAGUCCUCGCAUCGGCGUGACAGCAAAGACAGAGAACCAAAUAGCAUUGAAUACUUAUCUCAACAUGACAGCAAGGACUGUGGACAUAAUAAUGUUGAGCCAUUAGCCAGAAGGGACAGCAAGGACAGGGUUUACAACUGCCCAGACCUGCCUUCCCGACAAGAGAGCAAAGAUCGAGGCAGUAGCACUGAGGCACUGCCUCAACGAGAUAGCAAAGACAGGGGCUGCAACAGUGUAGAACCUUUUGCCAGACAUGAGAGUAAAGACCGAGGUUGUAUUAGUUCAGAUUUGCCCAGACAAGACAGUAAAGAUCUGCUAAGAAAUGGUCUAGACAGCAGACGUGACAGCCGAGAGAAAGUUUGUUAUGGGAUAGACCUUCUUCCUAGACAUGAAAAUAAAGAUCUGGGUAGAACAGGCCUGGAAAGUCAAAGGGAUAAAGAUAGCGGCAAACAUGGCAUAGAAUCUGGUCAGGACAAGGAGAAAAGCAACCACAGUGCAGAGAGCAGGCGGGGGAGCAAGGAAAGGAUAACCAAUGGCAAUGAUGUCAUGAGCAAAUGGGACUGCAAAGAUAAAGGAGUACAUACAAAUGAGACUUUUCCCUGGUAUGAUGAGAAAGAUAGAAGCAAUUAUAGCACAGAAUCACCCAAAGCACAGGACAAGGAUACAAGGCCUGGAUCUUCAACCAUAGCAUCAUCCACUCGGUCUGGACGAUCUUCCAUGAGUCCAAAUAUAAUUUUGGGGAACUCAAAUUCUGAAACUUUCCUUGCAGAUCUAAAGACAGUUCCAAAGGCAGGACGGUCUUCUUUUACAACAGUAGCACCAUCUCCAAAAGGCACACCUCAGAGACAGCCAGCUGAUGUCCACCAGAUGCCCCCUGUGCCAGGGUUGUAUAGUGACAGCACCAUGCUGGAGAUGAUUGAGAGGAAACAACGGCUCUGCUGGGAGAUACGGGCUCGACAACGCCUUCCUGACCAUAGCCCAUGCAAGAAAGAAAGCCUGCCUACCAUGCCCAGCUGGAAAAAAACUAACGUGGCAAAGAAGCACAGCCCACCUCCCUAUCCUACUCAGACUACAGUCUUCUGGGACACAGCCAUUUGACUUUGUGGUCUUGUGAGCAUAUUAAGAUUAUACUCUGUCCUUUAUUAUCAGGCAGGGUUGAAGCCAAUCAUAGUGUGCUCCCACCAGUGGAUGAGUGGGGUUACCAUAGCAAUAUUUCAGAGGCUGCAGUUUAUGAGGUUUUCAUAUUAUUGUUGAUAUCUAAUAUUUUUAUACACAAUGUGAUUCCUUAAUGACUUAGCAUCAAUAGAUAUUUUCUAAAUUAAAAACAUUAUCUUUGCAAAUAUUAUGUAGAGUUUUUCUAUCAUUCUUUUCUUUUUUCUUACUUUUUUUUCCUUUUUUUAAUUAAUUAAUUAAUUCAUUUAUUUAUUUAUUUUUACUUCGCAAUACACAAUCAAUACCUUUUCAUCAAGCUUUGACUUGCCUUUCUCUUUUAAGACCUCUGGAAAUAAAGUUUUUGUGGUAUUUUACCACGCUUAAUGGAGUAAUUUUUUUUAACACUGGAUGUUAUGGUGAUUGGCUUAGGGCUAGCUUCUUUCUCGCUGCCUUUUCACAAAUUAGUAGAUCAUUUACUUGAAUGUCUAAUAUUAAGAAAUAAACAGAUCAAGCAUUUCUCAAAAAUCCUUCAAAAAGGGGUUUUACUGUUUUUAACCACAUUUUCAUUUUUUCUGCCUUUACCUUUCGCUAGUCAUUGUGGUGGGUGGGUUUAGAGAAUAUGAUGAGUCUGAUUUAAGGUCAGGUCAUUGCACAUAGAAAAAGGGUAACAGUUUUUCUGUGUAAUACAGAAAGCAUCUCUUUUAUGAGAUGUUGUAACAGCUCUGUGUGUACAUGACAUGUACAGGUGUACAAGCCAAGGGAUGGCCCUCUCCUCUUUGGGUCUGUGGCAAUAGCUGGCGGGUGUCACUGAGAAUCGUCCAAAGUGCAAAGAAGGUCACACAGAGAUUAAUGACAAUCUGAAAUAUCAAAGUAUUUUUUCAUCUCAGCAUUAUUUAAAAUUGUGUACAAGGACUGAUAAUUGUAAAAUUAGAUGAUUUUUGUGUAAUUAUCUUGUAUAGAAUGACUGUGCCAUUAAAUUAUCAUAAAUCAAUGGAGUAGAUUUGGAAUUGGAAAUUUCAAACAGACGCAACUAUCUGUUUUAGCAAAACAAACCAAUGACCAAUAGCUCUCAGCUAUUGUAAGUAUAUAGUACCCCAGUAACAGGGAUUAUAGCUGCAUAAACAAAGAGGCUGUACACAAGAGAGCUGCAAUUCCACAGUCCUCUACCACAUAUUCCCUGACUGGAUACCCACCAUUGUCCCUCUACCUCAACCUCUCAAAUCAGUUCAAGCGGUCAUUUGUUUGCACAACCAGUGCACCAUCUGCAUUGUAAAAGUACUUGGAUGUUAUAGUAAAAAUCCCUCCCUGAUUUCUUCCUUUGACCUCCAUGUUUGAAACUGAUGCCUGUACAAAAAUGUGUUGCCUUGGAGACUGGUACUCACUGUAACUGGGUCACACUGGGUGAACACAGUCGCAAAGACUGUAGACUAACCCCCUGAGGUAUAGAGCAUUGGUUGCUAGUUUACAUGUAUUUUGGAGAAAUACAACUAUUAAAUAUUUGAAAUAGUGUUUUAGAUACAGUAUGAAACAGAUGGUCCAUUUUAUUUAACUUACAGUUGCAAGUUGUGUGAGCUGAUCAUAGGUGGUAAGGGGAACAAAUAACCAAGGUAGCACUUGGUAUACAGUCUCAAAACCAUGGAGAUUACAAGAUGUUGUAGCCUGUUUUUAUGUAUGUUUGCCAAGCUAUCACUAAAUGCAGAUCAUCAAUAAACUUUGGAAUUCACUCUCUUGUGGCCAGAGGGUGCAGUUUGGAAAUGUAACAAUGAACAAUCUCUUUGUAUGUAAAAUGUGCACUGUGACAGGCAAAAAGCCUAUCUUUUGUCUUAUUGCACUGAGUGUUUGCUUCUCUGUACAGUGCCAUUGGAAAAAGUAUGCUGAUUGUCUUAACAGACUUUUCAAGAUGAAUAAA